AGCGGAAGUAGGGUUAGUCACUGUUUUGGUAUUGAAUAGACUACUUCCGUGGAACUUUUUACAGCAAGAACGGUAAAUCAUAAGGUUGGGAUUUAGGUCGAGAGAUGAGUACCUUAAGUCCCAAUGGUGUGGGGACCCUACAGAUCAAAUGGGACCCCAAAAAUUUGGAGAUUCGGACCAAAUCGGUGGAAAAAACACUGGAGCCCUUGGUCACCCAGGUGACUACACUGGUGAACCAAAAAAGCCCAUCCAACAAGAAGAAGGGCCGAUCAAAGAAGGCCCACAUCCUCAGCGCCGCUGUACAGAGGGCCACAGAAAAUUUUAUUGCCAAGGGUCAUGAAAUUGCCAAUGAAAAUCCAGACAUCAGAGCAGAUCUUAUAGCCGCCUUGGAUGAGGUCAAGAAAACGGGAGAGGAGAUGAGGGAUGCAUCGCAGGACUUCGCGGCUGAUCCCUGUUCCUCCAUGAAGCGUGGCGCCAUGGUAAGAGCGGCUCGAGCUCUCCUGUCUGCGGUCACCAGACUCCUCAUCCUGGCGGACAUGGUGGACGUUCACCUGUUAAUGAAGUCCCUCAGACUGGUGGAAGGUGACCUUGACCGUGUGAGGAAUGCUGCCAGCCAGCAGGAGCUGAUGGAUGGUUUCAAAGACCUGGGAGAAAGUUUGGCCGACCUUGCCGCCAAGGCCCAGCAACGACAAAAUGAUUUGAAGGACCCACGGAGGCGCGAUGAAAUUGCAGCAGCUCGGGCUGUCCUCAAGAAAAACAGCAUGAUGCUCCUCACAGCAUCCAAGGCUUAUAUACGUCACCCAGAGCUUGCUCCGGCCCGCGAGAACCGAGACUUUUCUUACCGCCAACUCCUGGAUGCUGUCAACACGAUCUCUGGAGUAGCACAAGCUUCCGGAGCCUCUGAUGCUCAUCCUUAUGAUGGAGCAGGAGAGCUGGCUGCUGCACUUGAUGAACUCAUGCAAAAGAUCAUCAUGGAUCCGUUAUCUUAUAACGAGGUACGCACACGACAGUCCCUGGAGGAGAGGUUGGAGAGUAUCAUUAGUGGUGCUGCCCUGAUGGCCGAUUCUUCCUGUACCCGUGACGACCGACGAGAGAAGAUUGUACGAGAAUGUAACAAUGUUCGACAGGCCCUCCAAGACCUUUUGUCUGAAUACAUGAGUAAUUGUCACGUUCCGGCUUCGUUGUUUGGAAAGUUGAAUCCCUCCGUGGUUCAACGAGUCAUUGGCUACCCAUCUGGACGCAGUGAGCCCAGCGAGGGACUCGAACAGGCCAUAGAAAACAUGCAAAAGAAAACACAGGAUUUACGUAGACAGUUAAGGAAAGCUGUGGUGGAUCACGUUUCUGACUCUUUCCUGGAGACCAAUGUACCUCUGUUGGUCCUGAUCGAGGCAGCAAAGGCUGGCGACGAGAAAGGUGUGGAGGAGUACGCUAAGGUGUUUGAGGAACACGCCAACAAACUUGUUGAGGUUGCCAGACUAGCCUGCUCCAUGUCCAGUAAUGAGGAGGGAGUGAAACUUGUCCGCAUGUCUGCCGCCCAAAUAGAGAGUCUCUGUCCACAGGUCAUUAAUGCUGCCCGCAUUUUGGCCAGUCGACCAAGGUCAAAGGUUGCACAGGAGAACAUGGAUGUUUUCAAGGACACAUGGGAAGGUCAAGUGAGGAUACUGACUGAUGCUGUGGAUGACAUCACAACCAUCGACGAUUUCCUGGCAGUAUCAGAAAGCCACAUCCUUGAAGAUGUCAACAAAUGUGUGCUGGCACUACAAGAGGGAGAUGCUGACACACUUGACCGAACAGCUGGUGCGAUCCGCGGGCGGUCAUCACGAGUAUGUAAUGUUGUGUCGGCCGAGAUGGACAAUUAUGAGAAUGGACCAUACACCGAUAGAGUCAUGGAGGCUGUUGCCAUGCUCCGUGAUCAAGUGAUGCCCAACUUUGCGGAGAAAGUGGAGAUGGCUGUGGAUGCCCUAAGCAGCAAUCCUCCACAUGACCCUGAUGAGAGCGAGUUUUACGACGCCUCCCAGCUGGUAUAUGACGGAGUACGAGACAUUCGCCAGGCAGUCCUGAUGAACAGAAAUCCAGAGGACAUUGAGACAGAUACAGAGGUGGACUUUGAUGAGAACAGGGACGAGUCCAUCAGUAAAUCGAGUUAUAAGACAGAACAGGAUGACCAGAACAAUGAACGCUGGAUGAUGCGUCACUUACCCGAGGAUGCCAAGGAGAAAAUCCAACAGCAUGUCCAGGAGUUCCAGGUCGAACGGCGCAAACUCGACUACGAAGUGGCCAAGUGGGACGACAGUGGCAAUGAUAUCAUCGUCAUGGCGAAGGAGAUGUGUAUGAUUAUGAUGGAGAUGACAGAUUUCACAAGGGGUCGUGGACCACUGAAGAGUACCAUGCAUGUCAUCAACGCUGCUAAGAAAAUCUCCGAAGCUGGAACAGGUCUGGACAAGUUGGCCCGUUCUAUUGCUGAUCAGUGCCCAGACUCGGCAUCCAAGAAGGACCUGUUGGCGUACCUCCAGAGAAUCGCCUUGUACUGCCACCAGCUCAACAUCACCAGCAAGGUCAAGGCUGAUGUUCAGAGUGUCAGCGGUGAGCUCAUCGUGUCUGGGUUGGACAGUGCUACGUCCCUGAUCCAGGCGGCUAAGAACUUAAUGAAUGCUGUAGUCCUCACUGUAAAGGCUUGCUAUGUGGCCUCUACCAAGUACAAGGUGGCAGGGUCAAAGGGCUCUGUGGUCAUGUGGAAGAUGAAAGCCCCAGAGAAGAAGCCGCUAGUCAUGAAAGAAAACCCACGUGACAUUCGUGGAAAGAUACGCAAAAGUGCACCUAAGAAGAAGAUUGAACCGGUGAAGGAACUUAGUGAGUUUUCAGAACUAAAUAUCGACAGUAUGUGCUGAAAUCUGGACUAAAACUUUGACUAAAGACACAAAAGUCAACACCCCGCAAAACACGAAUCUCUGAUUGAAGGAUGUGAAAUUUCUGAAGGAUGUUGGGUUUUCAGAAGUGAGCUUUACUGAAGUUAUGUAAAGUAUUAUUCGCCAUCUUCAAGGAAGCGAAUGUUGUGGUUGAUGUGUUUUGGCAGUCUUGUGAGGAGUUGCAGAUUGAUCAUAGUUUGUUAGGACAGAUUUGUCUAUCGGCAUAAAUUGCUGCCAGAAUGAUGAUGAUGCCUAUUAAUGAACUAAAAGGUUGUGGAGGGCAUUUCGCAUAUUAACAUGUGACUUUGGUGCCAACAAGGAAUCGUGGUUGUGUGUUAUAAGUAAAUCAAGAGUAUACAAAUUAUGCAUGAAAGUAUUAACGACUCAUUAACAUUCAUUAUUGUUAAAUUAAGAUUUUUUUUCUUGAUGAUGUCAUAUCGCCCGCCGUCUCCGUGUUGUCUUCCUUUCAUCAACAUUGUUAUUGUCGACACGUUAGCUUUGUAUUGUUUCAUCAUUUCUGUCUCUUUUUACGUCAAACAACCAAAACUGCGCAAAAGAAGAUUGAAGGAUACUAAGUGCUUGUAUAUUAUUACAGGGUCCAAUAUCGGUGAGAUUUGAGUUGUGAUUAUACUUAUCGAUGACACAGAGAAUUUACCCAUAAUGGAUGACUGAUGACGACAGCCAUGUCAAAGUUAAUAAUAUAAUGACAAUUUUGUGUGAUGUUCAUCCUAAUAUAUUUUUAUGUAGACAUAAAACAAUAUGUAUAAUAUUAAUUUUCAAGAUUGUGAACAGAAACUGUACUUAAAAAGGCAUUUUAUAACUAAAUGAAAUAUAUUUAAUCAAUUCAUGUAGCAUGAACGCUUCCAUGAAUUUGAAUUUCUUAAUGAGGUAGGAUUAAUGAGAAAUAUUAACCCUAUUUUGUCCAGUAAUACAACUGUGAUAUCAAAUUCAUGGAAAUUUUGUUUUGAAUUGAUUUAAAUUAAAAUUUGAAUUAAAUUUUUUUUUGAAUUUACAUUGUUAUACCCAGUAUGGGGAUCACAUAUCAUGGAUAUCAUAUCAGUAGGAUUUGUCGUUCAUGUACUUUUACCAAAGACAUCCUUAGCUCAUUAAUUGUAAACAAUUAAAUUAUUGACAGCCUUUGUAGUUCAUUUCAACAACUAUAUCAAUUUUUCAAGAGACCUGUGCAUAACAGAUUAUUUCAUAUUGCAAUUUUCCACACAAAAUCUAUUUUAUUUUCAUCGCAAACAGUUGUGCAUAAAAAUGUUGUGGUGUUUAUUUGUUUACUUAAUGUAUCAUUAGUUCCAUAUCCUUGAGUUUUUUACAAGAGAUUUUUCUUUAUUAUUGAUAAUAUUUUUACUGUACAAGAUUUAUUAUCAGAUUUAGUAAAUAUAUUUAACAAAUGGUUGAUGAGUAAGAAGUGCUAAUGUUAGUCACGCAGUCAUUAUAACCAGACCCAGAACAAUUGUACCGUGAUACAGACAUAUUUUAUAAAUUUACCCAGGAUUCUAGAGAAUAAACAUCAGAAACAGUUUAUAGUCAAUAAGAAAUCCUUAAUCUUGAUAAAUAUGAUCAAUAUAUUUUGCCAGAAUUUUCUCAUUAAAUAAUGAAAAAAAGGGUGUCUGAUAAAUAGCUCAUGCCCCUGGCCACCAAUGUGGAUAUAUAUAUAUGCCUUUCAGUAAAAACUUGAACAAAUGCUGUUUUAUUGCCUGAGAAUAGACCAACUCCUGCUUUGAGUGAGGGUUUCUGUAAUGACCCAGUGUUUUUUAUGCAAUAAAAAUUAAGAUCUCUUAUGGUGAUAUAUUCUGCCAUAUAGUACAUUUAGCUACUUUACAAAAGAAAUCCUCACAAGCCUUAGGAAGAACGUUGCAUAGAUACAUAAUUGCUAAGCAAAUACAUUUGAAACACCUGAUUUCAGAUUUUAAGUUUGUAUUUUGUAUGCUUGAGGAAAACUUGUCUUCAGGUAAACUUGCCAGUGAAACAUAUUGUAUAGAUCUAUUAUUUUUAGGAAAAGGGAAUAUUAUUUAGUGAUGUGUAUGUUAUUUUGUACAUGUGUAGAAUCUCUGUAGUAACCCAGGACCUAGUCAUGUUAGUCUAAUAGUGUUAUAUAUAUAUAUAUACAUGUUACAGAUCCCGACAGAUUAUUUGAUGGAGAAGUCCUCUAAUGGCACCAAAACUUAUUUCUUUAAUUACCUUGAAAACUUGGACAAAUUUGAUGUUUUUACCCAACUAAUAUUUUAUGAGUUAUUGCCCUUUGUGUAUUUGGCUGUGCAGUGUGACUGCAGUCACUUCAAUAUCUUUAGAGCAAUCAUUGGGCAAUUACAUAUGAUAGUUUAUAACAAGGUUAAUUGCCAGACCCUGAGGGUUUGGACAAGAGUUUAUAACAAGGUUAAUUGCCAGACCCUGAGGGUUUGGACAAGUUUAUUAUCUGUUAUUUUUGGACUAACAUUUUAAGAGUUAUAUGACCCUUUAUGUAUUUGGCUGUACAGUGUGACUGUCACUUCAAUAUCUUUACCAUAAGGGGAAUUACAUUAAGAGUUUAUAACAAUGUGAAUUAGCUUGAAAUAGUUUUUGUACAUCGUAGAAUUAUUAUACAAAGAUCCUCAAAUGACUUUCAUACUGAUAUACAAGUUCAGAGGAUAUUGCAGAUAUCUUAGAUAUUUCAAAAUCAGAAUAAAAAAUAAUGCUCUACGUAUUGAGUUUUAGAAUUGAAUGAUAAAUUGAGAAUACAGAAAUAUUAUUUUUUAUGAUAAACAGUUGUGAAUUUAACAUUUUAUUUGUUAAAUUGUUAGAUGUUUUACACUUGGUUGUGACAAAAUUGUUUUGAUUGUUGUUUUAAUUUUCUUGUGUAAUAAUAUUUCAUGAAUUUUGUUUCUUGUCAAGUUUGUCAUCUUUCUUUACCAAGUUAAGAGGAAAUUGAUACUAUUUUUAUGUUCAAUGGAUUCUCUCGUUUUAAAUCUAUAUGAAUUUAUGCUACCUUGCAAAGUUACUAUCACACCUUCUUUAAUGAAGAGUUUGGCUACCUUACUAUCGCACCUCCUUUUAUGAAGAGUUCCACUCUCAGAGAGGUAUAUCUUCUAGGAAUAUUAAUUUGAAAUUUGAUUUUGAAUUAUUUUUAGAUAUUGAAAUAUAAUUGAAUCAAAAUUUGUUGAGGAUGUUGCAAUUCAUGAAUCAAAAUGUUUAAAUUUAGUAGAGAGUAAUUUUCAGAUCGAUGAUAAGAAUUGUUAAAUAUGUGAAGAAUGCUUGUUGGUUCACGAUAGGACAUUUAAGAUAAAUAGUGAAUUUUAUCAAUAAAAACUUGAAAUAAUUGUCAGACAAGGGUGAAAGAUCAACAAGAAAAGAACAUACCUACCAACAGUCCCACCAUCAAUGUAAACCAUCAUCUACUAUCUACUAUCAUGAAGCAAUAUACAUGUAGUUACUGUUAGGUGUUUUGCUGAUGUUCAACUUAUUGAGAAAAUAAUUAAUGAUUACAUCAGAUUUUGUGAAGGUUUCUUUGUAAUUCACUGUUUUGUAUUGAAUUAGUGAUUACUAGUUUCAUUCUGCCAAACUUUUUAUGACGUGUUGGGUUAAAAAUCACAUCAGGAUGUAAGUUGACCAAGCCUCACACUAUAGUAUCUUUAUUUAGCUACUUUACAACUUGUUUGUAAGCAUUGUCAGCUUUGGUUUGAGGACCAGCCAUCUAGUGGUAGAUACAUAUAUAUAUAUGUCUUUAAUUUCCUGUUUUGUCAGUUAUUUUUAACAAUAACGUUUUACAUAGACAGAUACAUCAUGAACAUUUUUAAUAAAAUUGUAUUUCAUUUAA